AUGGGCACACAAAUCACACAGUUAGCCACUCAGGUGAACAAGCUGCAGGCGAAUCAAGGCCGACUUCCUUCUGUCACGGAGAUGAAUCCCAAGGAAAAUGCAAGUGCAGUAACUACAAGAAGUGGGAGAAUUCUAGUUGAGCCACAGCCUAAGCUGGCUCAGAACAAGAGAAUUGAAGAAGAGAAGGAUAUUCUGGAAAUCUUCAAGAAGGUAGAAAUAAACUUGCCCUUGCUUGAUGCAAUUAAGCAAGUUCCCAGGUACGCAAAAUUUUUGAAAGAGUUAUGCUCUAAGAAAAUGAAGCUUGGGAAUGAUGCGAGAAUUCGAGUGAGUGAGAAUGUUUCUGCUGUUCUUCAAAGAAAAUUGCCCCAAAAGUGUCGAGAUCCUGGUAUGUUCACCAUUCCAUGCAUUAUAGGUAAUAAGACUGUUGAGAGAGCCAUGUUAGAUUUAAGAGCGUCCAUAAAUGUCAUGCCUUAUUCUGUGUAUAAGGAUUUGCAGUUAGGACCAUUGAAAGACACUCGCGUUAUCAUUCAGCUAGCUGAUAGGUCUACUGCAUAUCCCGAAGGUGUUGUUAAGGAUGUCCUUGUCAAGGUCAAUGAUUUGAUUUUUCCUGUGGAUUUCUAUAUUGUUGAUAUGGAUGAUUCUGCCUCUGCUAAGCAAUCUUUGAUUCUUUUAGGGAGACCAUUCAUGAAAACUGCUAAGGUAAAAAUUGAUGUGGAUAGUGGAAUGCUUAGCCUUGAAUUUGAUGGAGAUGUUGUCACAUUUAAUAUUUUUGAGGCUAUGAAGCAUGUUGAGGAUCCUGAAUAUGUGUUCAUGAUUGAUGUUAUUGACCCUUUGGUUGAGGAAUUUGUUGAGAAUUUUAGGGAGGAUGAGCUUGAGCAGGUUAUUUUCAGUUCCCUAACUGAAGAGAACACCAAAACUGAGGAGAAUGAAGCCAUUAGAGAGAUUAUCAUGCAGCUGUAUUCAACGGAGGAAAUUCCAGUUCGGCACCUGUCGAGCAGGAUGCCCAUACCGACCAGCAUAGAACCGAUUUUGCCCUCUGUUGUGAAGCCACCGAAGCUGGACUUGAAGGUACUGCCCCAACAUCUGAAAUAUGUGUUUUUGGGAGAGAAUGACACGCUGCCAGUGAUCAUCAGCAAUGAACUUAGUGCAGAACAAGAGGUAAGGUUGGUAAGUCUUCUUAAGAUGCAUAAAUCUGCCAUUGGAUGGACUAUAGCCGAUAUCAAAGGUAUUAGUCCCUCUACUCGCAUGCAUAGAAUCUUACUUGAGCCUAAUAGUAAGCCAUCUAGGGAUCCUCAAAGAAAAUUGAACCCUGUCAUGAAAGAAGUUGUGCUUAAAGAAAUUCUUAAAUUGCUUGAUUUAGGGAUUAUUUAUCCGAUUUCUGAUAGUGCAUGGGUCAGUCCUGUUCAUGUGGUUCCUAAGAAGUCUGGUUUUGCAAUUGGUCAAGAACGAGAAUAA